AUGAGCGAGGAUCAUCCGGCCGCCAGUAGCUUUGGAGAACCAAACGCUCAGCCGCCCACGCCGAAGCAAACACCGACGUCUGCCGUAUUUCCCAGUCCCGUUUUCGAAACGCCAAAACACUAUCAAGGCUCCUUUGUCGAGGCCGGCGGGUUAACUCCUCGGUUUGCCGAAGAAUAUUCCGUCUUCAACGCAACUCCAGGCAAUCUGCGAGGAACCCAAGGCCCUUUUCCAGACUUGAUUCCUAUCGCACCCGUAAGCUCUUCGGCGAGCCAUAAGCGCUUGCUGUCUGCUGAGGGGUUGGCCAUCGAAAUCGCAGCACAUACAAAUCACUUCUCCCCAAAUCCAAACGCCACCUUGCCUCCAGUUGCUCCUGCCCACCGAUUGCCGUCCUCCCCGAACCCACCCACAACCGAUACAGCUUCUUCGACGGCAGGUUUUAAGUCUCCGCUAAACCCCAAGCUGUCUGAGACCCCAACUUCAUCCCCUAAGAAAGCUCGACGGUGUACCACCGCCGAAGAGCCAACACAGGUCAUAUCGCCGCCACCUACGGCACGGAAGGGAGAGCGUUGGCUCGCUCCUGGGCUCAACAUGCAAAAUGACCAAAGCUUCGGUCGCUCGGACUUCCACGAUCUUUCACACCAGGAAAUGGCGGCAUUAAUGAGUAGUGCCACCGAUAUGUUCGGUUAUCCAAUGUCUGCGCCAGCCGCAACACAUUCCAACUUUUGGGACCCGACCAUGUCAAUGAAUAUGGACUUAGACUUCACCGCGGCAGGGACAAAUAUGUUCCAACCGCCUACACCCUCCUCUCACCGCCAUACGGGCUCAUUUGAUUGGAAUAGCGAGAUUCAGCUUUUUCAGGAUCCAAACGCGCCGCCGUCUUCAAAUCAAGAGAAUGUUCAGCCUACUAAGGAGCAGAGACCGUUAGCUCCUAAGCCAACGGCAUCCGAUAUCGUAUGCACGGGUGCGCACGACUCAUCAUUAUUGGCAUCGUUUGCCCCCGUGUUGGAGGAUCCGUUUAACAUGAUUAGUGCUGGAGAUGCGGUUGACCCUGGUCUUCUGUUCAGUCGCCCGCAAAGUGCACCCAUAGCCGCUAGCUUUGGGACGACGGUACAAUCCGGGACUGCAGAGGCAGCAAUUCAAUCCAGGAAGACACCAGUUGGCGAGGGACGCCGAUCCGGCAGCGUGAGAGACAGAAAGAAUAGCACCAAAGACCCUGAACGAGCAACUGCAAGCUCUCCGGUAAAAUCAUUGGGCAGACCUGGGCUUGGGCGAAGUAUGAGUGAAAAUCGAGGGAGGAAAACGGUUAGGAGAGGUUCACUUCCAAUGUUGGCUCCUGCGGCAAGGGCAGCAGCCCCUGACCCAGGGCUUAGAGGUAGCAAGUCGACUGGCCGCCUGCCCGGGAGAAUAUCGCCACUCAAGACACAGCAGCGGCUAUCGAGUCUUGCAUCUAUCCCAGAGAUGUCCCCACAAGCUCGACAGCACAGGUCUGUCCGAUUGUCCAUUAAUGCCCACGGGCGAGCGACAGUCGAGACAUUGCUAGGCCGCGGCGGCACAGCAAUGACGCGAAGCCAAAGUUCUCAGGACUUGUCAACACAUCGAAGUUGGUCGUCGGCCGAAGAUGAUUCAGAUACAGAUGACGAGCCUAUCAUCAUUCCCAGUCGCAAUAACUCCUUUAAAGCGUCCUUUGCCCUUCCUGAUCCCCGUAAGCCGGUAGGCUCAAUCUUCUCGUCAAGGCGAAGCGCCAGCGACAGAAGUAACAGCAACUCGGCCAACGAGGGGGAGAGUGAAGCGGAAACGGUCAUCAAUGAGAAACCAGGCAAGUACGGUGAUGCGACUAGCGAACUGCGAAAGGUUGUUGAGGAUCGACAAAAGCGCUCUCUUCGGCUCGGGAGCGCAAUAUCAUCACAACGGUCAUUGAAUACCAUUAUUCGUAACUUUCCUGGAGGAAUCAUUUCGCCCACUAGUCUGACCGAAUCAAGCUACGGUCCGGAUAGUUACAACCUUCGAUGUGUAUGCAACAAUAGCAAGGCAGACGAGACCGACGGCUUUUUAGUUCAAUGGUAUGUCUCUCCUUCACCCGCAGGUUCACCUUCCAAUCUGGUAGUCUGA